AGCACGAAACUUAUCACGCUUAUUAUACUUGAACGCAUAUCUAUUAAAACAUAAUCUUAGUAUAAGAGUGUCGGUUGACAGUUAAGUGACAAGUCAUUUGCUGCUCCUUACUUUUAAUUCUUCUAGUUUUACAAUCAACAACCAACAUGUAUGACACGAUAUUAUCUGUCAUCUGUUACACUGCAGGGUUUGUAAUCACGCUCUUCACCUUGACAUUUCUUGUUUCAUGUGAAAGACUACAAUAUCACCUCAAGUUCUCUUGUUAUAUAGUAACCAUUGUUAUAUCAACAACUCUGCACUUACCUUUUAUGUUACUACGAAUCAGAGAUUGGAGGAAUGCACUAGUGACUGCGUGGUGUAUUAGACAAUGUUGUAAAUUUAUCGGACUAACGUAUCGUGUUCGUGGGAAAGAGAAUAUUGUUAAUGAAUCAGGCAGUGUUAUACUGGUCAAUCACCAAAGUGCAUUGGAUAUGACUGUUAUGGGUGUGUUGUGGUCAUUAAUUGAUAACUGUGCAGCAAUUGCAAAAAAAGAGAUUCUAUAUGCGGGACAGCUUGGUUUAGCAUCCUGGCUGUGGGGAACUAUUUUUAUUAAUAGAAGAAAUAGUGAAGAAGCUCGCAGCAUUAUGAAUGCGACCGCGAAAUCUAUUAGAGACUCAAAGGUACAUAUUUUAAUAUUUCCAGAAGGACAUCGACACUCUAAUCAAACACUACUGCCUUUUAAGAAAGGCGCUUUUCAUUUAGCAAUCAGAUCGCAAAUGCCAAUUCAGCCGGUUGUUGUUUCAAAAUAUUAUUUUAUCAAUUCCAAGCUUACGAAAUUUAAUUCAGGUGUGAGUUAUAUUACAAUUUUGCCUCCUAUUCCUACCAAAGGUUUAACAGAAGAUGACCUUCCGACGCUUUUAGAUGAAACGUAUAAUGUAAUGAACAAAGUAUUCCUCGAAACAUCAGAAGAAGCACUAAAUGAACACAUGAAUAGUAUGAAAGGUGAAUAGUGCGAAGCAACACUGUUAAAAAUUUUUAAUAAAAUUCAGUGUUGGUCAAAUGAGAUUUUAAAAAAUUUCGGCUACUUCGCCAAAAGUUUUACCAAAAGUUAUUCAACUUUAGGUAAGCUUGUGUUCCAACUGA